AUGUUUCAAUCAGGAGGCAACACUGGAGGAGGACUCUUCGGACAGUCUGGAUCUACAUCCUCAAACUUGUUUGGAGCAAAACCGGCUGCUAGCACCGGAUUUGGGUCUGCCCAAGCACAACCAUCAGGAGCCUCGAACACCAACAACACUGCUGGGGGUUUUGGUUCAGCCAACCAGGCACCAGCCUCAGGUUUUGGAAGCGGUUUUGGAGCAGCUUCGAACAACAACAACAAUAACUCCACUUUCGGUGCACAGCCAUCCAACACUCAAACUGGAGGAUUAUUUGGUAACAAUAAUGCAAGCACCGGUGGUGGUUUAUUUGGAAAUAAACCUGCUGGAACUACUCCAGCUCCUGGCACGACAGGAGCCACGACAGGCGGCCUUUUCGGUAAUAACAACGCUUCGACUGGCACUACUGGCGGACUCUUUGGGGCAAAGCCAGCAGCCACGACUGCACCAAGUACCGGUGGUCUUUUCGGGGGAACCAACAAUGCCAGCAGCACUACGAGUGGAGGGCUUUUUGGAGGGAACAGUGCCUCUACCAAUACUUCUGGUGGUCUAUUUGGCAACAAACCAGCCACUGGAGGAGGCCUUUUUGGCGGUGCCACUCAAAGCACAUCGGGUGGACUCUUUGGAAACAGUGCUAAUAACAAUGCCAACACUACUGCAACCACUGGAGGUUUAUUCGGUGCAAACCAAAACCAAAAUCAAAACCAACAACAGCAACCCCAACAACAACAAUCCACCGGAUUAUUUGGCUCCAAUAAUACAACCAACAACGCACAACCCUCUUUCAACUGGAGCAAUUCUCAGCAGCCAGUACCCACCUCUACAAUCUCGUUGUCAAAUCUCAACAACGCGAAUAAUUCUGCAAUCACUCAAGCAAGCGUUAACCAAGCUAACAAUGCGUACAAGCCUGCAAUUAAUGAUCAAUUGAUAAAAAUCAAGGAACAGUGGGAUCCAAGCUCGCCCAAAUGUGCUCUCAAGACUCACUUUUACAACAAAUAUAAUGAACAGGAAAUCAAUGUUUUAUUGAACCAGCAAAGACCUCAAAAUGAGACCCACGAAGAUUGGGAAAAUGCUAUGAAUAAAAGACCUUCUGCUCUUCACUACCCUAUUAAGAUUACGUCUUUUACUGAAGUGGCCCAAAGAAUUGAAACUCAAUUGGAGCAUGUGGCAAAAUCUAGACUAGUGUUGAAUGAUAUCAACGAGAAAGCUAACACAUUGUCUUCUAAACAUGAUUUGGACAAUACUACUAGAAUAUUGAAAGCCAAGGCUAAGCAUACCAAGUUGUCGAGACGUUUACUCAGAUUAGCGACCGUUUUGGCCAUUCUCAAGUUGAAGGGAUACCCGUUGUUACCCGAAGAAGAAGAAAUAUCCAAGCAAUUCGAGGUAUUGAACUCCAAAUUGAACGACCCUAAUAGUCCGAUAGGCAAGUUGAAUGACAUUUUUGCCAGAUUGGCCACCCUCAAAGAAAGAGCAGAAGACUUGAACUACCAGUUUGAUCACACCAUCAACUCAUUCAACGGCGAAGACAGGGAUGACAAAUCAGGCGACCAAAAUGAUGGAAAUACGCAGGAGAUAUUCAACAAGUUGUCCAAGGUCUUGAUGAAGCAGCAAAUUGGUUUGAACUACUUGAACGAGGUGUUGGAGAGGGACACCAACUCUGUUGAACAGUUGACACAGCGCCCGUGAUUAGGUGGGUUCCCCUGAAAGGUGUAUAUUAUCCAGAGGCUCUAUAGCUCUACAUAGCAUUAAGUGUAUUAGGAAUGCAUUCGUUCUCAAU